AUGACUCAACCAGCAAAGACUGAAUAUACUGGUGACACUCUUCUUAAAUACGAUCCACCCGUCAUUAAUGAACUUACACAAACAAAGAAAAUGAAAAAAGAGGCAGUUCCUGUUGCUGCAAAUCCUCAACAAUGGCUUGUAGACUUUCUUGAUAAAAUUUUCCCACCCAAGAAGUCAAAUGAUGGAACAUUUGACUAUAUGCAACAUGCAAGUACAGCUGCUGCAUCACGUUCUGACAUUAUUGCGUUAGAAGAACAAUUAGACUAUUUAUUAAAAGAAAAGAAAGCCAGAGCAACUGGAAUAUGUCCAAUUAGAGCAGCGCUCUUUGAUGAUUGCUUCAACGAAGUUAUCAGACAAGUUGCAGUUGAUUGCACCGAAAGAGCUACGUUAUUAAUAGAUAUACGCGAUGAAAUACAAGAAACAAUUAGCGGAUAUAGAAAACAAUACGAAUCUAUUACAGCUCAUGGAAUUAGAGGAGCAAUUCACCGUGAGCAAAAUGAGAAUAAUUUAAUUAAAGAAAACCAAAAAUUAGAAGCAGAUAUCAAAGCUUUCGAAGAUAGAAUAGCAGAUCUCAAGAAAAGAAUGGCAGAUGCAGAAGCAAAUGAUCAAGCUGAUCAAAAUGCAAAGAAGAAAGAGCAUAUGGAUAAGUUAGCAGCAUUACAGGCAGACAAUGCAGCUCUUAGAAAGAAACUUGAAGACUUCCUUGUUUCACCUGUUGUUCUUGAUGAUAAACCACCACAGUCAAAGAAAUAA